AUGCAUCCAAUGGCGUCACCAAUAUCCGUUGUGGACAUCUUCUUCCCUGGUUUCAGCGCCCUCAAUGCCACCGCACAGCAGCUCCUCCUCAACAACACGAAUGGCUAUGUUCGAUUACUCUGUAUUGGGGCUGUUUUUGCAAUAUUUGCUCGUUAUGCUUAUUGUCAUACAAAUGACUUGAUCAACAAAUACUUUACUUACACCGUCCAUGUGUACUACUAUGAUGAGGCAUAUGAAAUGGUUAUUGCUUGGAUAUAUCGACAACCAUUUGCGAAGGAAGUAGAUUCUCUAAUGGUCCGUGUUAAGACCCGAGACGUCGUUCAAGACCAAUCGUUGAGAAAGAAGCCUCUCUCGUACUCCCCUUGGGACGGCUCUUUCAGUUUCUGGUACAAGAACCACCGGCUUACACUUCAUUGUCAUAAACGCGACCAUCACGAGGAGAUUUCCAUCUCGUCGAUCGGCACAUCACCAAAAAUCGUGAUGGACCUGUUGGGAGAGUGUCGUGAGCAAUAUCUCAAACUCAGUCAGCGGAAGGUGCCAGUGUUUCAACCAGAAGGGGGCGAGUGGAAGCGAACUGGGUUGAGACCCGCAAGGGACAUUUCUACUGUUAUAAUAGAUGACACAGUGAAGAAAGACGUUUUGCAAGAUAUGAAACAAUUUCUCGAUGAACAGACUCAAGAGUGGUAUACGGCCCGAGGAAUUCCUUACACACGAGGAUAUCUCUUGGAUGGCCCUCCUGGGACAGGAAAAUCGAGCUUCUGUCAUUCCAUUGCCGGGUUAUACGAGUUGGACAUAUAUAUUCUCAACUUGUCCAGUCUGGGUGAUGGGGGGCUGGCUAGGCUCUUUACUCAGCUUCCACCACGUUGUCUCGUCCUCCUGGAGGACGUGGAUGCCGUUGGCUUGGACCGUAAAGAUACUGGUGCGCAGCAAACCCAGAAGGACGUGGCGCAUCACGGAGUGUCACUAUCUGGACUCUUGAAUGUCAUUAAUGGCGUCGGAUCACCAGAGGGUCGCGUACUCAUCAUGUCAACAAAUUACAUCGACCACCUCGAUAAAGCUCUUAUUCGCCCGGGUCGGGUGGACAAAACGAUUGUGGUCAAAUGUGCCGAUAAGAAGAUUGCCGCUCGGCUUUUCUGCACCAUCUUCAAACCGCCAACUACAGGAUAUGAACAACCAGGAAAAGAAGCCGAAGAUGUGACCAUCGAAACCUUGGCUGAAGAGUUUGCCGCUCGUGUCCCGGAGGGAGAGUUUAGUCCGGCCAAGAUCCAAUCAUUCCUUUUGGAGCAUAAAUACUCGCCUGCAGAUGCUGUGGAUCGUGUUCAGGAAUGGGUGACCAAACAAAAAGAAGGAAAGGAAGCCGCGUCCAUGUUGGAGAGGGAGAACUCGUGGCUUAAAGACGAAUAA